AUGGCGGACAAUCAAGGUGCACCGGUAACCGGUAACCAAACGCCUCUGAACAAGGAGGAGCCUAAAGAGGGUGUUGCGAGUGCAAACGAGCCUGGUACGCAAUCUGAACCUGCGGAAUCUCCUCAGACGGAGCAACCAGCGGAGGACUGUCAGGAGAUCAUAAUAGUGAACGAGCAGACUACGGAACUAGACCUAAACCACGGGAGGAUCGGGAAAAUCGAGAACCUUGAGCGUUUAAAGAACUUAGAGAGAUUAUACCUACGAUGGAAUCUGAUCAAGAAGAUCGAAGGUCUCAGUACACUGAGCACACUGGUCGAGCUGGAGUUGUACGACAACCAGAUUGUAGUCAUGGAAAACCUCGACGGACUCGUCAAUUUAGAAAUGCUAGACUUAUCAUUCAAUAGAAUUAAAGAGAUCGACGGUCUAGAGAAGCUGCUUAACUUGAAGAAGUUGUUCCUAAGCUCCAACAAGAUCCAUGAGAUCAAGAAUGUCAACCAUUUGCCCAAACUGGAACUACUUGAACUGGGUGACAAUAGAAUACGGGAAAUCAAAAACCUAGGAGGCUUGAAGACACUAAAACAGUUAUACUUGGGCAAGAACAAAAUAUCGAAAAUACAAAACCUGGAAGAAUUAUCAGAAUUAGAAAUCCUAGUACUACAGAGUAAUCGUCUCGUUAAAAUAGAGAAUUUAGAAGAACUUACAAAACUAGAACAGUUAUACAUAUCUGAGAAUGGAAUAGCGGUUAUUGAGAAUUUGAAUAACCAGGUGAAGUUGCAGACUUUGGACCUGGCCGUUAAUAGGAUCACUGUCAUCGAAAACGUUGGCCAUAUGCUGGACUUGGAAGAGUUAUGGCUAAACGACAACCAAAUCACAGACUGGUCAUCAGUGGAUUACCUGAAACAAAAUAAGAAGAUGACGACGAUAUACUUGGAACGCAACCCUCUCGCCGCCGACCCGGCUUAUAGAAGGAAACUAAAGCUAACCCUCCCGUCGCUGCAGCAGAUCGACGCCACAUUGUGCAGUCGCGGACUCUCCCAGCUCUCAGUGUCCGCACUCUCCAGCUCCACGGCGCAAGGACCACACUCGCCCGGCGCUACGUAA